AUGCGUUGGGUGCUGCUCGUGUGGCUUCUAGCCAUGGCGAAAGCGGCCUCGGCUGCCGGAUGCCCUCCGAACACGUUCACUUGUGCAGAUGGCAGUUGCAUUCCGUCCGAUUGGAGAGGGGACGGAGAGAAGGAUUGCGAGGACGGAUCGGAUGAGGUAGCCGGAGAGACGACGACCGACGGAAAGUUCGACGAAGUCGUGAGUGCGUCCUCGUCUCCGGGAACUUCCGAAGAGGAAUGCGACUGGGGAAUGCAGCAGAGAAUCGACAACUGCAGUGAGCCGAUCGUCCAGUUCCUGCAUGAAAUCGAGCAAAUUAACCUCAAGAACAUGUCAUUCUUGACGUCAGCGCAAGUGUAAUUACCCGUUUUAAUACGACAAUCCAUCACUAUAAUCGCAUCCUUUUCAGUCAGUCACAAAUCGAAAACGGCUGCAACUUGAUGACGACCUACCAGAAAUGCGUCGGAAACGGAAAGGGAUGCAUGCCAGACGAGGGAGUCCGUUCCUGGGGAGAGGUCGAGAUGUUCAUGUGCCAACUGGUGCUUCCGUCUGUCAAAGAACACGCGAAUUGCUUCAAGAGCUCUGCCGAUCCGCGUUGUGAUUCCAGGUGGGAUUGGAAUUAAAAGGAACAUCAUUCGAGUGUUUAUUUAUAGCAAAACGUCGUCUUCUUCCACUCUUUGCGGCCUCGUCACCUCCAUCCAGACGGCCACUUCUUGCCUCGAGACGAUCCGCCCAGAGCAGUGCUCCUCUGACGCCAUCGAGAUGCUCAGUCCGAUCAGAGAAGAAACAGAGCACAUCGUGACAGCCAUUCGAUGCGUGGUAACAGUUAUAUUCAAUUUCGGAAUGUAAUUUCUGUCGUUCAGCUGCCUGAUUCGUCCUCCAGCACCACUCUCAUCAUCGACGAUACAACAGAAUCUACUUCAGCUUCUGAUGAAGAUGAGGACGAUAAUCUCACAACGAACACUUCGGAGGAAUCGACCACAACCACUGCGCACGAGCAGGAGAACAAGCCGGUUCUCGCAAUCAACAUGGCUGACGCCGUCAACUCCCUCUACUACAUCUACGACAUCUGCUCCGCCAACUACUCCUCCGAUCCGUUUGCUGCUGUCGCCGAACGCAUUUGUGCCAAGCAGGAUGAGAUUGCCAAAUGGUCAGACUGUUAUCAGAAGACGUUGGAGAAGGAGAAAUGCGCCGUCAGAAAUGCCACGUCGAAGUGCGAAGCUCUCAUUUCAUACAAUAACAAUCUGGACUGCGCGAUUGUCACGAUGAACGAUGAAUGCGAAGUGGAUGCUCAGAACCUCGUCGUGGAAUUGCAGGAAGAAGUGAACGACCUGAUCAUUGCCGGAAAGUGCUUCGAAGAGAAGAAGGAGGAAGAGGGACAGAAUGAAACGAAGGAAGGAGAUUUUCAUCUGCAGACGACCCUUCCGAAGUGCACCGAAGAACAGGAGAACGGAGCACUCGGAUGCCUCGUCGAGCUCAUUGAGAUCAACAAGAAGCUCACCGCGUUUGCCAACCUCAACUUCCUUCUUGAAAUCGCCAGCCCUAACUCCACCGUCGUCGAGGGAAUCUGCUCCCUGUUUGCCCGUUACGAACAGUGUCUGUCUGUCACCGUCUUCAAGGAUUCCCAGCGUUGUUCGUUCGCCUCUCCUCUCAAUUCUCUCGCCAGAAUCGGUCUUUCUCCGAUUUGCUCUCUCGAUUCACGACCCAUGCUCGCAAAGCACAGAGAUUGUUUCGAGACUUUGGCCUCCGAAGCGGACGACGCCACGAACUGCCAAUCGUCGCUCUCUUCCCUCUCGAACACUGUGCAGAUGAUGCUGCAGGGAGUGCAUGGAGAAGCUCUUCUCUGUAAAUCCUUCUACACGAUUCGGGACACAUUUUCUUGCGGAGAACGCGCAGUCAAGAACAAGUGUCAGCCAGAAGCCCUCACCGACUUGCUUUCUCUGAAGACCAAGGUUUGUUUGAACUUUUAGACAUUGAUACUUUUGUUCUCAAACCGCCUGAACCGGUUCUCAAUGAUUCAUUCUCAGCUGUUCCUUUUCAUGACGUCAUCUUUCCUUUUCAGAUGACUUCGCUUGGCGAGGAGGAAGGCUGCCCAAGGGAUCCACCAGCCAACCUCGACGAGAUCAUCGCCCGUCCGGUUGCUCGUCCAACUCCAGUCACUCUGCCUCCGAGAGCCCCCACUGCCCGCCCAAUGCCCAUUCCAAUCUCCUCGACUCCGCCAGUUUCUCCAGCCAAAUGCUCCGUUGAAGAGCAAAAGAAAUUCGAAGAGUGUGUUAAACCGCUCACUGCCUUCCAGCCUCAUCCUCUCUCUGUCAUUGCCAUGCCACGUGACAUCGAUCAGGCCUGCGAAGCGUUCCACACUUUCAAGGCCUGCUCCGCCGAGAACAACUGCCAUCCACUGUGGGCUCGUGGAAUGAGUGCAAUGUUCGAGUUUGCGUGCAACGAAUCGAACGAGCAAUUCAAGAAGGUUCGCAAGUGUAUCCGAGAGACUUCAAUGCUCGAGGAGGUCCGUUCGUGCGUCUCCGACUUCUCCCGCGGGGCUCCAACUGCCGCUUGCAUGUCCUCCAACCGCCUCCACUCGUGUGCCAUUCCACAAAUACAAGCCAAAUGUGGUCAGGAAGCUGCUGAUUGGGUCUCUAACUACAUCAUCAGAUUCGCCAAUGCCAUCGACGUCCGCUGCAAGGUCGGCCGUCAGCUGCCAGUUGGACGUGUCGUAGGAAUCGGAUGCUCCGCAGAGGAAGAGUCCAUCAUCGAGCACUGCGCCGCUCCGCUCAAUGACAUCGGCUCUCGCGUUGAGGAACUGUUCGCCGGCGGAAUGCAGUCACUCAUCAAGAACAUUAAUUCGCUCGCCCCAGUCUUCGCUGGCGCUUGCAAUCUCACUGACGAGUUCCGUACCUGUGCCCACUUCCUGCUCGAAGGCCGAACUUCUUGUGUCGUCUCUUCCUGCAUGAUCGAGGCAGGAAAAGAUAUAUGCCUGCUCUCCGACCCUGCGAAGGCCAUCGAUGACAAUCUCUCGUGUCUUUUCGGGCAGGCUCAAGAACCGAAGUUCGCGCAAUGCAUUCGUGCGACCAUCUCGACCCUCAAGCAGUUCAACUUGUCCACGCUGAGAAGUGUUCUUCCGAAAUUCAUCGACUGCACAAAGGACAUUGUGCUUGACAAGUGCGGCGAGAGUCCGAUCAAGAUCAUGAACGCAAUGAGCACUCCGGAUAUCUGCCCGAUCCGUCCUCAGCACAACCCGAUCGUGCCCAUCAACCAACCGACGAGAGUCACUCCGAACCUCGAGACCGUCCUGUCUUCCACCGCAUCGUCUGCUUCUUCUGAAUCAACUACGUCUUCUGAAGUCGACGUAUCUUCCACAGAAGAAACUGAAACCACAUUGUCAUCUUCUGAUGAAGAAUGUGAAGAGGGAGAUCUCGUGGAGCACUUGCAAUGCGAGACUCAUUUGGAUCAGUUCGCAUUCCGUCCGAUUGCGAUAAUCGGAGACGCAUCCAAAUGGGGCGAAUUCUGUGAAAUGGCCAACAAGACGUACAUUCCAUGCGUCGAGGGACUCAAAUGCAAGUACGAGCCAGCCGCUUCCGCUCAAAUUGGACUGAUCGACUCGAUCUGCAACAGAGAAAUCACUCUUCGCGACCAGAAACAGUUCGCAAUGUGUCUUUCUGAGUACACCAAAUCUGACUCCGGAAUAUCCUGCAUCUCCGAUUUUGGAAAGAUUGAUCAGCUCGAAAAGUCGGCACCAGCUCAAAUGUGUGAUGGGUAAGUGAUGACAUCCGAUGAAAGAGGAAAUGUUUGAACUGGUUCAGAUUGAACAACGUGAUGAGAUGUUCUACCGGAGAGAUUGAGAAGAGAUGCGGAUUCGACGCUGUCUUGCACGUGUUCAGUGUGCACAUGCACUGGGCAAAUCUCUUCAACGCUUCGUGCAUUCUGGAGUCACCGGAACCGUCGAAGGAAUCAACUGGAAGCCCGGUACAGUAGUCUUCAGAAAGUUUCCGUUUCAUUCAAUUCUUUCAGAGCAUCGAUGUGAACGAAGUGGAGCCAUCUCGUGACCAGAAGCCAGUGAUCGUAACGAAGGACGAAACUACUCCAGCCAGUGCCACGACGGCGAUGAGCAACGACGUGACGGAAGCAGAAGCGGAAACGACGACGACGUCCCGGCCGGUCCAAAGCGCCAUUUCAGUGCCAUUCGUUCUGGCGACUCUCCUUCCGUUCUUCGCUCUUCUCUAG